ACAAGAGAAGGAACAGGUCUACAUUUGGCCCCUCUUCCCAGCCUCUUUUCCUCUCAGGAAACACAUCCUGUUGCUGGCCGAGUGUGGUGGCCAACGUGUUUGUUGCACACAAGAGAGAGGACUUCAAGUAAACGCCUCCCCACAACCUCCCCCCGGGCUGCAGACAAAAGAAUACACAACAGUGACGUCCAAGAGGGGGUCUUUUUGGACAUUUGAGUCACCAAAACCUUGGCACAUUUAAAGCGACCACGAAGGAGGGAGCCUGUCUGCUUAUGACACUGAUGUCUCUCAACCAUAUGCAACUAUUCAACUCUGACCUAAAAGAAUUUGCAGCCAGGCUGUGAGGGAAAGAGCAGCAGAGGGCGGUGGGCCAGGCGGAGGAGAGACUCCUAGCAACACUGGGAAGAGAAUCUGUCCUUUUUUCUUAAAAUUAUCUUUGCACAAAGGCAGCAGAUUAUACGUGAAGCAGCGUGGGGAGAUCGGACCUAAGGAUCAAAGCUAAAGAGUCAAGCUGCAGCAAGUAGGAGCCAGUGGAAUGGACCUCUGUUGGCUUGAUCCCAGAAUACCCACAGUGCUGUCAGAAGAAGAGGGCUAAAGAUCUGCUGCAAACAACUCAUGAAUGAGGAUGAAUGGAGAUGUUAUUUAGCUAGACAUCACGACAACAGCCUUCCCAUUUCUCCAUUUGUGUGACACAAGUGAUCAGCUGGAGGAGCAGGCGGUGGUGGUGGAGGAGGCGGCGGAGGAGGAGGAGGUUGCUACCCCGGAGGAGAGACGAGGGAGCAGGCAGGACGCUGAGGAAGAACAGGAGUUGGAACGUGAGGGAGAGGGAGGGGAAGGAGAGGUGGCGGGGAGCGGGUGUCACAUGGCCGUGCAGAGGCUAGUGGCGGCGGCGGUAGCGGUUGCCCUUCUGUCUCUGGUUCUGAACAAUGUUGCGGCUUUCACCCCAAGCUGGGUCUUACAGGCCCUGGAAGAUGGGCGCAGGAGGAGUGUGGGACUGUGGAAGAUGUGCCCCACUGGAGGGGAAAGGGCUCGGGAUGACCUCCAAUCCGGGAGAAAGGGGCAAGGAGCACAGAGACAAUGUGAAGGUCUGGGAUGGGGCUCAGAGUACGCUGGCUAUCAAGAAUCCCGCAGCUCUGUUAAGUUGCAGUUUGACAUGAUGCGGGCUUGCAACCUGAUGGCGACCGUUGCCCUGACUGCUGGUCAACUGAUCUUCCUCCUUGGCCUGAUGGAGCUACCAUUAAUCACGCGAGAAUCGCAAUGGUGGGAGGAGGCCAUUGCUGCACUCUUCCAGCUAGCCAGUUUUGUCUUGGUGAUCGGACUUGUGACCUUCUACAGAAUCGGCCCUUACACACACUUGUCCUACUCCUGCUACAUGGACAUAGCCGCUUGCCUGCUAGCUACAAUGGCGGCAGCAAUGCUAAUCUGGAAUAUUUUACACCGCCGCGAUGACUGCCUGGCCCCGCGGGUCAUCAUCAUCAGUCGCUCGCUGGCAUCCCCUUUCCACCCACGUCUGGACAAUGACUAUGUGGACUCACCAUGUUAAGCAAAACAACACAGGCUUUUAUAAAUUCAGUUGACGGAUCUCCCUACCAUGUGUUCAAUUUCAUAAUCCACAACUAUGUCAAAAUUGUAUUGCUACACGGCAGCAAGUACAAUUCAGAGAUGUCAUUGGUGGCUAAAUAAUUUACUAGUUUGGACCAGUAAUCGCUCCCAAACAGAAGAUCAAGCUGGACCUUGACCUUGAUUGUUAUAAGUGCACUUUUUCAAAGGUUUUACUAUAAAUUGGAAUUAUGACAUGACAUUGAAUGACGUCACAAUAACAAAAUACCUCAUAUUUUUUCUCCCAUCACUUUGCAUAUCAAAAUGUAAUAUUGCUAUAUCUUUAGAUGGUAAACUAAUUCAAUACAUAAUUGUCAGUCAAUUUAGCAAGGUUUAUUCAUGGGAAACUGCAAUAUCUAAUAGGAAUAUGGUAUUUUAUUACGUCUACAUAGAGGAAAAGGUGGAUAUUAAAAUAAACAAUUAUUUUGGAAGUCUGCCUGUUUGUGGUACAUUCUGUUUGCUAAGUCAUUAUUGGUUAUAGCUGCUUUAAAAUACAGUGUUAAUAUUUAGAUUAUUAUAUCAUGAGUCUAUAAAGUCUACAGUGUAUAGAGUCUACACAUUUCUUAACAUAGGGGUACAUUUUAAAAACAAAUAUUAUAAAAAAUCAAUAAACUGGCAAAAGAAAAAUAAACAACUUCCAGCACUA